AUGUAUCGAACAACUUCUGCUUACGAUACAUUGACCGAUUCCAAUACGUCAUCAGAAGUCACUAGUGUGAGAUCAAACGAUGGCAGGCCAAUGGACAUGUUGCAAAUACAAUUUUUAAAUUAUAUAAAAGUGUGCGAUGUGUCAUCGGUUCGAAAUCUAUUAGAAAAUCACAGCGAUUUUGACUUAAACUGCAAAAACUACCAAGGAAUGACUGGUUUGAAUUUGGCCAUUGAAGUUCAUUGCGAGCAAAUGAUUGAUCUCCUACUAUCCAGGCAUGGGCUCGAAAUUGGAGAUUCGUUGAUGUACGCUAUUCGCGAAAACCAGUAUUCGAUUGUUGUCAAGCUUCUCGAUAUUUUACAAUCGGAAAAUCCGGAAAACGUCAAAUUAGGUUACGAGUAUUCCACUGAAUUUCCGCAAUAUCUCACGCCCCUUAUGUUGGCGGCCCAGUGUGGACAUGUGAAAGUCAUCAGUCUAUUGCUGAAACGUGGCCAUACAAUUUCACUGCCCCAUAAACCACAGUGUUUAUGCAAAGAGAUCUGUAAGUCGUUGGGUCAACUCAAUAAUGGUCUUGGGGCCGCUGAACUUAAACUCUCCGUAUUCCGAGCACUCGCCAAUCCGUCGUACAUCUCAUUGACGUCACAAGAUCCGAUUCUUACAGCUUUCCAGCUCAGCAAGAUACUGCUAGACCACGGAAACGUAGACCGUAUAUUCAAAUCCGAUUACGAAUUGUUGAAUUUACAGACACGAAUGUUCGCCGUCCAUUUGAUCGGUUUGUGUCGUUCGUCUAGUGAGGUGGAGCAAAUACUCACCAGAAAAGAAGGAUGCAGCUUCUUCGGUGCUUUUCCAUACCAAAGACUAGUGAUGGCAAUGGAUUUAAAGCAAAAAGAAUUUGUGGCUCACGCCUACGUACAACAGAUACUGGAAACGGCAUGGUCUGGGUGA